UAUGGGACACUUGUAAAUUUUGUACCAGUUUUCUUAUAGUUCGGUGUGACUAUGCACCCAUAGUAAAAUUUGUUUGAAAUUUUUCAUAGUGUAACUAUACUGGCUCGUGCAUGGUGAAUCAUUCGCAGUCGUCUUUUUGCUUAUAAAAAUGGCACACAAUUAACCGCCAUACGUUGGCCAACGGUUUGAUCGAGUGUGCUUGAUACCAAGCCUUGGCUGAAAAUUCAACACCCUGCACAUGAAGAAUAGAUAGCGCCGCCUAGUGCUGAAAAAUAGUUACACCAAUGUAUGGACACUGAUUUAACAUUACGUUCGGUCGCCUGUUAUCUAUUCUUCAUGGUCGCUACAGAGAGUGGAUUGGACCCGCUCAAACAAUUCUGAUUAAAUUCCGUAUUUAUAGAAAGGAUUAGAAAUAAAGUAAUCGAUAUUGGUUACUACGUGAAAAAAAAUUAUUACUAGUAAAUUAUGUCAUCAUAUUCAAAAAUCUUUUGUUUAUAAUUUUGUUAAAUUAUUUUUUUCUCAAUAAUAAUUUUGUACUGCUAAUACGAUAAUUAAUUUCAUAUGAUUUACUGUAUACCUUAUAAUAUAAUGAUAAUUAAAUAAUUAAAAAGUAAAUUAUUUAUUUAUUUAUUUUUUUUUUUAAGUAAGGUCAAGAUAAAAAUUUCUGACACUUUAAGAGUGUCAGUUGAGGUUAUUUAAUUAUAUAUACUUAUUCGUCCAGCAAUCAAAUUAAUUUAAAAAUUAAAUUUGUAAUUAAAUACGCAAUAAUUUUUUUAUUAAAAUGAAGAAAAAUAAAUUCAAAUAAUUGUCAACAUGAAUUAGAAUAAAUGAAUAAAUUGAUAAGAAAGAACAAAUAAAUUAAAAUGGCAAGUAAAGGAUUUUGUGUUAAAAUUUACUUUGAUCUUCAUAUCAUAAAUUGUCCAGGUGUUUGGUUGUGUCCAAACGGUACAGUGACAUUGCAGAUUAAUUGUUUAAACUCUCAUAUUGAAUCCCAAAAAGUAACACCGGCGUUUCCGUUGGUGAUUAGCGAUAAAUUUUUGUUCAAAAAAAUUUUCACUGGGAUUGGGACAUUAACGGAGCUAGAGUGUUGUCUAGAAAAUGAAUAUUUCUAUGCUGAAUUGGUACAGUGUCCUUCGGCAGAUGGUAGAAAAGUUAUUUUGGCGACUUUUGAGACAAAUUUAGUAGAUCUUUUGUACCCGGCUCCUUGUUACAGAGGACUGGUAUCCGGAGUUGAUGUAGAUUUGUUGAUGGAACCGACGAAAUACUUUCCGGGGAUUCUAGCACCAAAAAUAGAGGUAUCUACUCGUACGGUGAUAGAGGAAAUGGAAUUAUGUCAAGUAGAUGUCGCGAGAAAUCGUAUUAUUAAUCCAAAAUUAAUAAACUCAAAAGGACGGCCAUGCAUUCAUCGAAAACCUCCUACUGAAGGUAUUAUCAGACAAAAAAAAGUCUGUCAUACACAAGGACGAAUAAAAUCUCCUCCGCGACUAUGCGCAUGUAGGCAUCAAGUCCGAUUGGGAAUGAAUGAAACUCUGGUGCCAUGUCCAUCAGACUCACGGAGUCAAUCUCAUGUGAGUCAGUGCUACCAAAAAUCAACACCAAGUGUUAAACAAACAAAUUCUUAUCCUUGUAAAAAUUCAAUCUACGAGUGCACUUCCGUACGACAAUUUCAUGACUUGGAUGACUGCCCAGUUUGCUCGAGGUACAGGCACUUUUUUUCAAAAGGCUCUCGGACCGUCACGAUGACAAGUACUGACAGUCGCAAAGAAGCUUCUUAUGGAUCUUGUGAUGUGACUAAUUGCACUGAACAUACUUCUUCAGAAAGCUUAUCACUAUCAACGCUACGAAGAAGAAUACAGAAUUUAAAUAAACCUAAGUGACAAAACUUAAUUAUUUAAAAAAAAUCGUCAGGGAAUUGAACAAGUAAAACAUUUACAUUUAUUAAUUAUUGUAUUAUUAUUAUUAUUUCUUUUUUCAUUGUUACCAAACUUUUCUACUUAAUAUUAAAAACAUAACAGAGUAUGACAUGAAUUUAAUAAUACAUAAAUAAUAUUUUAUUAUUUUUAAUCGUAUUCAAAUAAAAAUAUUGCGUGUAGAAUUAAAAAAUUUUUUUUUUUUCAAGUAACUAAUCAAGUGCAAGUGAAAUAAUAUUUUAAAUUUAAGACCCAGAAAUUUCUUAUUUCGUUUUUAUUAAUCGUAAAAAUUUAAUAAAUGAUUAAUUACGUUCAUGAAAUUUAUGAUGAAUAAAUAAGUCAGUAAAAAACGUCAUUUCGUAUUAUAAAUUUUUGAGUAUUCAGUGAAUUUAUUUUGAUAUGUUUAAGAUAAAUAAUUAUUAUUAUUUAUUUGAAAUUUUAAAACCUUUAUAAUUAUAAUUUGAACCUAGCACCAAUUACUUCGAUUUGAAUAAUUUGUCAUAAAUAAAUACACCGGUAUAAUAAAUGCACUUAAUAUUUAAAUUGUUUAGUUAUAAAAUAAUUAAUUAUAAUCACUAAUUUAACUUUACAACACCAAGGCAUUUUUAUUUAUCAAUUAUUUUUAUUAUGUAUAAAAUAAUUUAGCUAAGCGCGAACAAUUAUUUUGCAUUAACUAUUAUAAUUAAUUAAUAAAUAAUAAUAAUAAUUGUAAUAAGUUGAUGGACGAAGCAGCACCAGCUGUGAUACGCGCACACGUUAGAUUUUUAAUUUAAAUAAUUAAUAAAAAUUAAUUAGUGUCAACAAAAAAUAUCGCGUCAGGACUAGAGUAUCGUAGUACAUAAUAUUUAUAUUAUUAUUAUUUUUUUUAAAUAUAUUAACAAAAUAAAAAUGGGAAAUAUAAAUUAUCUUACAGUAAUUGUACAAUUCAACAUAAAUACUGCCUCAUACCUGAUAAAAACAACGAUAAACGCUUUAAACAUAACAAAUUAUUAUUUAUUAUAUAUAUUUUAUGAAGCGAUAAUUCAUUUGUUCACUAAAAAUAAAUACUUCAAUAAUUAC